UUUAUGAAAUAGUCCCUUAAUUUUGCCCUUACCUUUAAAUUUUGUCCUUUUUCUUCUUUAUUUUGAGCCCAAAAUAUGGUCUAGUCCAAAGGAAAAAAAUAAUAAUUGGCCAGAGCCUGGGCACAUGCCCAGGGUGGCUAGGCGGUGGAUCCGCCUAUGAUUACGACGUAGUUGCUUUCUCCUAUUGCGUGAAUGAUAAGUGUGAGGUGUUUCAUUUGCUUGUAAACUUUUUCCACAUGGUUAGAACAAAAUUUGAGAUAUUUAGUAAAAAGUUAAGGUCAGAGAAAUGGGAAAGACCUCCUACUCAAUUGCCUGGGAAUCUGUAAUAGAAAUAAAGGGAGGGGUAAGUCCCAAAGACUUAGUGAGGACCUAUCAACCACCAUGAACUGGAAGGGGAAUAUCAUAAGCACAAUUUUUUUUCUCUUUAAAACUCAGGACACAUAUGACAAAUGAUCGGAUCAAGUAAUUCAAAUCACUUACAUAAAAAAAAUUAUAGGCAAAUGUUAGUUGUUAGUAAUGUUAGUAAAUUAGUCUCUCCUCAGGGUUCGAACCCUUGAGCCUUCACCCUUCAUCCCACCCAAACCUUAUGUUCCCUAACUCUUACCACUUUAGAUAACCCUCGGGGACACUUACAUAAAACAUAUAUGUUACGAUGAAAGUUUCAUGCUUUGCUAAUUCCAGGAAAUAUUGCAUUGUCAUAGGGAAAACUUAAAGAAUCAAAGAAUGCAGUUAAAUCAUUUCCAAUUUAUAAAAGCAAUCAAAACCUGAUAAUUUAAUACAAUAGAGGUCAAAGAUGAGAGAACCGGAAUCAUAAGACUGCUUCAUCUCGUUGAUAGCUCUUUCCUUCUACGGGGUGGCCUUUCCUUAGGGGUGGCUCUGUAACGCCCCGACUUUUGAGGGUCACGAUAACAACCUGCUAAAAUAAAUAUGCAAUGUUUUCCAAAAGGAUUUAUGAACAAGAGUAUAUUUUUUCCCUUCGACUCAAAGUAUUUCCAAAACAUGCCAUGCAUACUCCCAACUGUAAAUAAAUUUACAUCAAGUCUUGAACAAGGCAAGUACCCGAGGGUAAAGACGAAAGCACACAACCUACAAAACCUAACAAUUAAAAACAGAUUCAACAAAGAAUCUAUUAUGCAAUGACACCAUAAAUAUGACCUUCUCCCUAUGAUCUCCACACCGGGGAACCGUAGGAAAGCAAUGCACCGAAACCUACCUGAAACCUCAAUUAUAAAUUCCUAAAGUCAUUACGCAAGAUUAAACCAAUAACGGUAAGCUUUUUAACCCAAGACUCUAGCCUUAAACCCGACUCUACUCUUCAAGUCUUCCACAAAUCUUCAAGUUCUCAUCUAUGACUCGCACAAAGGUCAAGCUUCAUCAAAAGUUCUCCAUCGCCUAAUAGCGUUAAGCGCCUAAACAACAAGUAGAAAAACAGAAAGGGUCAACUCCAUACAAUUACCACAUAUAAAAGAGAAAAGCAUGUUAUUCAAAUUUAAGUGCAUAACAUGGCAUAUAAGCUAGCAACUUAAUUCAAGAUAGAUGACGACAUAUAUCCAACGACAUAAAAUCAAAUCAGAUAUCAACGACAUAUAUUUAAAUCAGAUAUCCGCAAACUCCACAACAUAUAUUUAAAUCAACUAUCAAUAAAGUCUAAUAUAAGUUCCCUGUAGUACAACUAUGUGUUACUACCAAGAUGGAUCAAAUCAAAAGCGUCUAGCAAGACGGGACAGUCACCUAGUACGAAAACCAUUGAUCUGCCACUUUGGCAUCUCGCAAGACGGGACAAUCACGUGAAACGAAAGCCAUUAAUCUGCCACUUAAUAACGCCCUGAAGGCCACUCAGUAUGCCACGAAGACACCACAGUACGGCACGAAGCCCACACAGUACGCCAUGAAGGCCACACAGUACGACACAAAGCCCACACAGUACAAUCCCACAACGCAUAUGCACAAAUAUCAACUCAUUGCCACUUAGCACAUACAUAGCAUGUGAUUUAGCCCAACAUCAACCAUAACAACAAUCAAAACAUCAACAAUUCCCAAUCCAAUAAUCAAGUCAGAGUAACCACAUGAUAUUCAUAAUUUCGACUAGCACACCAAAUCAGUUCAAUAUCAACACAAAUACAUCAAGCUCUAUUGAGCGAUGAAACACUGAUUCAGUGCUAUUGGGCAAGAAGUUAGCAAACAAAAAAGAUGACAUUGAAAAAUGUAAUGAUGAAGGGAGAAAGUACAUACAACUUGAACGUGUUGCAACACUUACAAGCAUGCCAUCUUUUUCUGGAGACAAAUAUUUGAAAUUUAAUAGUAGAAAACUUGCUUAUCAGCAACUUAUGGAGGCAGUGGAAAAUGAUGAGGUUUCCAUGAUUGGAUUGUAUGGUAUGGGGGGUUGUGGUAAAACCACGCUGGCAAUGGAACUCAUGAACACAAAACAACAUAUGUUUGACAAAGUGCUUUUUGUCACUAUAUCCAACUCCAACACAUUAGAUAUUCGGACGAUUCAGGAUAAAAUUGCAAGCCCGUUGCAGUAUACAUUUCCUGAAAAUGGAGAAAUGGAGAGAGCCCAGCGCUUACGCACAAGGUUAAUCCAAGAAAAUAAGAUUCUCUUGAUUCUAGAUGAUGUGUGGCAAUUUCUAGAUUUUGACACCAUAGGGAUUCCCACCAGUACAACUCAUAAAGGCUGCAAGGUUUUGAUUACUACUCGGUUAGAAGCAGUUUGUACGUCGAUGGAUUGUCAAAGAAAGAUUUCACUGUCAAUCUUAAAGAAUGAUGAAGCAUGGGUUCUUUUCCGAAAGCAAGCAUGCUUGUCUGAAGUCACCUCUGAUACCUUAAAGCGUUUGGCAAGGCUAAUUUCAGAUGAAUGUAAAGGACUACCUGUUGCUAUUGCAGCUGUGGCCAGCACUUUGAAAGGCAAGUCUGAAGUGGAAUGGAAGGUUGCAUUGGAUAGCUUGCGAAAUUCGAAGCCAGUGAAUGUUGAAAAAGGUCUUCAAAAUCCUUACAAGUGCUUGCAGUUGAGUUAUGAUAAUUUGGAUACUGAAGAAGCCAAGGCGCUUUUCUUGUUGAGCUCUGUGUACCCUGAAGACUAUGAAAUUUCAGUAGAACAAUUAACUAGAUGUGCAAUAGGGCUAGGCCUUGGUGGAGAAAUUCACUCAUAUGAAGGGGCAAGGAAUGAAGUCAGUGCAACUAUAAACAAGCUCAUAAGUUCUUGUUUAUUGUUAGAUGGACAAGAUCAUGUCAAGAUGCAUGACUUGGUUCGUGAUGUAGCCCACUGGAUUGCAAAUGAUCACUAUUCACCAAGAUACCUAUGGACUGAGAAUGUUCCAUAUGAAUUGGAUUUUUCCAAUCUUGAAUAUCUAUGGCUAAGAACAGAAUUGGAAAUAUCAGGUGAAAUUUACAAAAGGAUGAGGAAGCUUAGAGUUUUGCUUCUUCUCAAUCCCACUGGAAGAAAUCCAUUGUCGACAAUGGCAUUCAAAUCGUUGACCAAACUUCGAUAUCUAUUCCUCUCUUGGUGGGAAUUAAGUGACUUUUCGUUUUUAGGAGAUAUGAAGGAACUUGAAACUCUUGAAUUAUUUGGUUGUUCAUUCAUUGAAUUACCCAAUGAUGUUGAAGUUACACAACUGAAGAACUUGAGAUUGUUAGCUUUAGCAGAAUGUCGCAUAAAAAAGAAUAAUUUUGAGGCUAUUGCAAGACUCCAAUUGUUGGAAGAAUUGUACGUUGGUGAUUGGUCAUCAACAUGGGAUCACUAUAAUGAAAAUGUUGCUGAACUCUUUAACAGGUGUAGUGUCGUCCUCCAAGGGCUGAAAAGGUAUGUGAUAGAAGGACCUCACAUCCAACCUACUUUUUUCGAAUUUGAGCCGCUAAGGUCCAUUCCUUAUCAGAAAAUUUUGGUGCUAGGUUAUUUUCAUACAUCAAAUGCAACAGCAAAGGUUUUGGCCGAAAGAGCAGAGUUUUUGACUUUAAAACAGAUUGAGGGAGAGGCGAAAAAUUUUAUGCCUGACAUAAUUCAAAUAGGAGGAGGAGGAAGUAUGAAUGAGUUGAAGGUUGUUGAGAUAAGUAAUUCCAAGGACAUAGAGUACUUAAUUGACACUAGCACUAGCAAUCAUUUGAGCGAGGUUGGAAAUCUCCUCCCUGAAUUGCGUGUUCUGAGAAUUCAUGGUAUGGAUCACUUAAUAACUUUAUGCCACGGUCAUUUGCCUUCGAGCGGCCCUUUCCAGAAAUUAAAACAACUGCACUUAAUUAACUGCCCAGAGGUAACAUAUCUUUUCACUACUGUAGUUGCUCAAAGUCUAGUAGAGUUGAACUUUUUAGAGAUAAAAGAAUGCCAUGGAUUGAAGCAUAUAUUGAAAGAGGAUGACACAAUGGAGAUAAGUCCAGAUGAUAACAGUUUGGUGUUCUCAAAAUUAAAGUCCCUCAGGGUCUCAGAGUGUGGAAAGAUAGAAUAUAUAAUCCCGGUCACUUUUGCCCAAGGCCUUGUACAGUAGAGACUUUGCAUAUUAUUGGAAAUGCUGCAUUAAAAUAUGCAUUUGGAAGAAACACACAUGGACCUCAGAGUGGAAAUGAACUCGAUAUCAAGCUUCCUGCUUUGGAUUUUCUUUGGCUUGAAGCCUUGCCACAAGCAAUUAGCAUUUUCCCAAACAAUUGUUAUCCAAGGUUGCCAUCUCUGCGUAGGUUUUAUGUUAUAAACUGUCCGGAAUUUGGUACAAAGUCUAUCAGAACUUGCAGGAAGAUAAAAAAUUGGUACGAUCACGAAGAAACAAAGGACUUGGAAAAUCUACCUCAGUUGACAUAUAUUUGCAUGCCUUUUAAAGACCCUUCUAAAUUUGAAAAACUUACAAUUUUACUGAUAACGGGAUGUGAAAAAGUAGAUGUAAUCUUUCAUGCGCGUGUUUCAAGAUGGCUAUGUGAGUUGAAGA